GACCCCUCAAUACCUUUCAUCGAAUCGAAUAAUCUAGUUCUACUACAUAUAUAAGAACCAUAUCUCAAGCAUCAAGAAAGUCACUACGCAAGGAAUUCCACCAUCUCGAAACCGAACACUCUGACAUCAUGACCUCUUGUAAAAUGCACAAUACAAUGUCUAGAAGAUCGAUCAAGGAUACGAAAGUCGCAAAGAAAGACAAGAAUAUCAUGAGACCAGAACCACGUAUGGAGCGGGAAGCCCUUCGGGCUACCUUCCGAUCGACAAAUCCCGAAGAUGAUUUGGCACCGGGUGGGGAGAAGUCUGUCAUAGAAGAAACCCCCUUGGUCAUUGAUAAACCUCUCUCCUGGUCAUCUGAAGACAAGACUCUGAUGAGAUCUGAGAAGGAGGCCGAACACGAGAUUAGCUCUAAACUUCCCGCAAAUUCAAGUGUGAAUGAUUUAGAGCCAGGCAUGUUUGAAAUAUUGGAAAACUUUCCUCGCUUCUCUCACCUCGAUGAAGAUCUCCAAAUUACCAAUCCUAUUCCACCGAUCUCCUCAGAUACAAUCCAAUACGAUUCAACUCCCGAAUCCGAAAGAAAUAGAGCAAAAUCAGCCCUGUUGAAAUUUUUCUCAUCGCCAUCUAAGGCGCGUGGUAAAUUACGAAUAACCAAGAAAGAAGGUGGUCUUGAGAUUCUCAACAAUUGCUGGAGCCUUGAUAAAUCUAGUAAAAGAGUGCCCAUCGACACGGUUGAUGAUAUUAUGGAAGCUUUCUUUUCGGCAAGCAAUCAAUACAAUACUUUGAUGAUAUGGAGGGGAGCGAAGCAGAGCCACGGGAUUAAGAUUGAACUGCAGGAACUAAGAAAAUUAAAGACAGCCACAGACUCUGCCGACGUGGAUGCGUCAGGACAAAAUUUAGACGGGUAAAAAGUAGGGUAAGAUGGAUAUACCACGCCAGUAAAGAAAGAUAAAUCGAUCUCAGGAGGCAGAUUGAAGUUAAAUCUACUGGUUUCUUUCAAUAGAUAUGUGUGAAGAAUAUCACUAGGAGGACUACUAUACAGGAACA